GCAUUGACGAUCGAGACAACUGGUGAACCUGACGACCGACCGACCACCACCACUUCGAUCCUUGCUUCUCGAUUCUUCGUCACCGCGAUGUUGUUCAGCACCACCGUCCUCGUGGGCCUGCUCGCCUCCUACGCAUCCGCAACGGCCCUCACGUACAAACUCACACCCAACGAGAAGGAGUGCUUCUACACAUACGUCGACCAGCAGAAUGCAAAGGUCGCUUUCUAUUUCGCGGUUCAGAGUGGUGGAGACUUCGACAUCGACUACACUGUGUUCGGACCAGACAAGCAGCCAGGCCGGGAAAAGAUAGUGCUCGAUGGACAGAAAGAGCGACAAGGCGACUACGUAUUCACGGCCACGGAGACUGGCGAAUACCGCUUCUGCUUCGACAACUCCAUUUCCACUUUCUCCGACAAGGUGGUAGACUUCGAGAUUGCGGUCGAGAACGAGCCUCGAGCAAACCUCCCACAAAAAGCUGGUGCAUCCCCGGAUCAGCUCAGCGGCGUCGAAGAGACCAUCCUCAAACUCUCCGGCCAAGUGUCAACACUCACAAGGCAACAAAAGUACUUCCGCACGCGCGAGAACCGCAACUUCAGCACAGUCCGAAGCACUGAAAAGAGAAUAUUCAACAUGAACAUCAUGGAGACAGCCUUCAUGAUCGCCAUGGCAGGUCUACAAGUCUUCAUCGUGAAGAUGUUCUUCACAGGCGGCCGAAAAGGAUACGUUUGAGGGACGAGUCAAAGAUAUGCCAUUGCGCUGGUCGCUGUAGAUUGUCAUGCCAUAAACCAGGACGAGACGAGACAAGACAAGCAGACAUUUGAAUAUAAUCAAAAAAGUUCCAAAAACAAAUCGACCCUUUCACAGCCUCCA